AUGGCAGACGCGUCCUGCGUCGUCUACAAAAAGCAGGGCACGGAUGCCACUCCCUUGAAACGCUGCGCCAAAUGCAAAACCCAGUGGUACUGCUCUCGCAACUGCCAGAAAGCAGACUGGAAAAACUACAAAAAGACAUGUGCUAAGAGUGCAAGUGAGACGUUUGCUCAGAGCGCCAACACGAGCAAACCCUCUACGAACAUUGCAAACACUGCGGCCUUUCCCAAGAAUCUCUCCACGGCCGUUGACAAACCCUUCCAUCGCCUUGAAAGCAGGACCUGGCUGCACGACCGUCCCGUGAAAGACGUCUAUCAACUCCUUAUCGACGUGUAUGCAUGCGCAUGGAAGAUCAAUACGUAUUUGAGGGAGA